UCUUUUGGUAAAUUUCUCUAAACCCCAGCUUCCCACUUUCCAGCUCGCUUAGCUGUUACUGGCCAGUUGGUAUAUGUGGUCUUCCCUGGUAUCCCCUGCUAUGCUGGAUCUGCAUCUGAUUCUAUGCUCUCUCCUCUCUGAUGUCUUGGACCUUUCUAAGCUCUUCUCCUUUUUAAUUCCCCCCACUGUUAGGUGUCCAGUAGUCAGAUACCACUUUGUUCUUUGCUCAGAAGGCAGGGACUUGCUAAAAACUCUUCUUCCGAAAGAAGACUGUAAAGAAACCAGAGAGAAUUGUUUAUUAAAACAUCAGUAAUUUAAAACAAAAAGAAAACACCAAAAGGCAAGAGAUGUAUACACAAGAGCCACCAUACACACAAUGGCCGCAGUCAAGAUAUAAAGGAGGAAGUCAGACAACAGAAGUUUGGUUUACCUUCCAGAGGCAAAGAGUGUUUUCUUACCAGAGGAAGGAGACAUGGCGGAAGUCUGCCAGCCUGAAAAGAUGAAAUGCCUUGAAGGCCCCUACUUAAACCAAGACCCAAGCAAGUCCUGUAGUUCCUCAGCUCCUGAGGAGGAACUGGUGUCUGCCUCCCAUUUGGAUGAGGAGGAAGAGCAAGAGGAGGAGGAAGAGGAGAAUCUGGAUCCAGAUCUAGCCCCAGAGCUGGAGGAGGAGGAGGAGGAAGAGGUGGAGGAGGAGGAAGAGCACGACCUCGGGGAUCCAGCUGUCCUCAGUGCUAUCCACAACACCCAGAGAGGCCUUCUCAGCUCCUCUGGAAUCAAGGCGUCUGGUGUGCUGGGCAUGUCCCCUGCUUCCUUGCACUUUCUGUGGCAGACGCUGGACUACCUCUCUCCAGUUCCUUUCUGGACUACCUUUCCCAGGGCCAGCUCUCCAGCACGGCACUUUGGACCUCAACUUCUCUCGCUAGACCCGGCUCUCUUCUGCAGCCUGCCAACCUCCUGGCUCCCUAGUUUCAGUCUGCCUAGCCACCUGACCCAGCUCCACCCUCAGCACCAACGGAUUCUGCAGCUGCAGCAACACAGUCGAACACCAAGUGCCCCAGCCAAGAAGCCUUGGUCUCAGCAGCCAGACCCCUAUGUUAACCUCAUGACCCGAAAGGAGAAGGACUGGGUGAUUAAAGUACAGAUGGUUCAGCUGCAGAGUGAGAACCCCCACCUGGAUGACUACUACUAUCAGGAAUACUAUCAGAAACUAGAGAAAAAGCAGACAGAUGAAGAACUACUUGGGCGAAGGAGCAAGUUUGAAUCACUCAAGCUGGUAACACCCUACAUUCAGAAGGCAGAGGCUUAUGAGUCAGUGGUUCGAAUCGAGGGUUCCCUGGGCCAAGUAGCUGUGUCAACGUGUUUUAGCCCUCGCCGAGCUAUUGAUGCUGUACCCCAUGGAUCUCAAGAUCAGGAGACAGGAGCUGCAAGCAGUCAGAGGCUUCAAGUGUUGGCCCGGAUUGAAAAGAUGUUUCUUCAGUUGCUGGAGAUAGAGGGCCAGAAGGACGGGCUGCCGCAGCCCUGCUCCUCUGAACAACGGAACAACCAGAUUGAGAAGCUCUUCCAAGCCUUAAGGACCCCAGAGCAGAAUACUCUGGAGGAGGCAGCAGAUGGCUUCCUGCAGGUGCUCUCCGUGAGGAAGGGGAAAGCUCUAGUGGCAAGGCUGCUCCCUCUCCUGCCCCAGGAUCGAGCUGUUAGCCUUCUUCUGGCGAUCACCCACCAUUUGCCCCUCCUAGUCAGGAGGGAUGUAGCUGAUCAGGCUCUACAAAUGUUAUUCAAACCCCUGGGCAAAUGUAUCAGUCACUUGACCUUCCAUGAACUCCUCCAAGGACUUCAGGGUCUAAUGCUGUUUCCACCUGGCUCCUCAGAGAGGCCGGUCACUCUGAUACUUCAGAACCAGUUUGGAAUAUCUUUGCUCUAUGCCCUACUAAGUCACGGGGAGCAGCUGGUGUCCCUAGAGUCCUCCCUUGAGGAGCCCAGCAGUGAUCAUAGAGCUUGGACUGACAUGGUGGUUCUGAUUGCCUGGGAGAUAGCCCAGAUGCCAACAACAUCUCUAGCAGAACCCCUAGCCUUCCCCAGCAACCUUCUUCCUCUGUUCUGUCACCAUGUGGACAAACCCUUGGUACAGCACCUAGAAGCUAGGAUGGAAUAAGUGAUGGUAGAAAUGAGGUUAUAGCCCCUUGUUCAAGCCCUGUAUAGGUUCUGUCAUUUCUUUUAAGCCAAGAAUAUGGAGGAUAACUUGUAUUUAGAAGUAGUUCUAGACACUUUGCAUUUACCCAGUAAUCUGUCUGUCUGGGUUUAGGGUCCUGAAGCCUAUUUCUUCAGCCAAACCUUUUAAUUUAUUCCCAGAUCCUUUGCUCAUCGAUCAUGCUAAGCUACCUAAGGGCAAGGAUUAAUAUGAGAAGCUGAAUUGUUAAUUGAAGAAAUAUUUGAGGGACAAAUCUAAAAGUAUGAGUGACAUGAAGGUCACUUCCGUUCUCAGAAUUUACCAGCUGCUGGAAAGAGAUAGUAAUCAAAUCACACGAAUACUUUAGAAAAUAGAAUUGUUUACUGUUAAGAAUCUGUUCUCUUUGUAGGCUUGCUUGGGUCUACUGAUCCAGUUCUGAAAUACAUAUAUGUGGGAAAAUUUAAUCAUCAGACACUAGCAGUAUGGGCUAGGUCUACAGGGAUCCAGAGAGUCUGAGGACAUUUUUUUAUGUCUUGAUAUAUUGUAGGAUCUCACCCAGAACAUUUCCUUAUGUUCUCCUUAAAAACCUGAAUGAUAUGCCUAAAACUCAUGACACAAUAAGGUUUAAUUAAAGAGAUAAUAGAAUGAUGUGUUGAAAUUUGUCAUAAGUUAGGAGGUAUAAUGAAAACCAUUUUCUUAUGUAUGAAUGCCUCCAACAUGUCCUUAAUAAAAGGGAUAAGGCCUUGUUAUGUCUAACAAUAUGACCUUGGAAAUUCCUUCUCUUUUUUUUUUUUUUUUUUUUAAAUAAA